AUGCCUUCGGCCUGUGACUCUACGAUUGACGACAUUGAGGACAUGGUGUCUUCUAGUGACCCUACUCCUCAUGAGAGGCAGUCUGCGAGGAGGAAUGUCAUACCCAAGUCCCGGAGAAAAAACAACAUUCUGAACAAUGAGGAGCUCCAAGCAGACAGUCUGAUUCCUGGGACCCAGAAAAUCUGGAUGAAAACGUGGGGCUGCAGUCACAACAACUCAGAUGGGGAAUACAUGGCUGGACAGCUUGCUGCCAGUGGAUACAAAAUGACAAAUGACCCAAUAGAAGCGGACUUGUGGCUUCUGAAUAGCUGCACUGUCAAAAAUCCUGCAGAAGACCACUUCAGAAACUCAAUCAAAAAAGCCCAAGAGCAACAGAAGAAAGUGGUGGUUGCCGGUUGUGUUCCUCAAGCCCAACCUCGAAUGGACUAUCUCAAAGGGCUCAGCAUCAUUGGGGUUCAACAGAUUGAUCGAGUGGUAGAAGUGGUGGACGAAGCUGUUAAAGGCCACUCAGUUCGUCUUUUGGGCCAAAAGAAAGAUGGAGGCCGGAGGCUAGGGGGAGCAAGACUAGACUUACCCAAGAUAAGGAAAAACCCUCUGAUUGAAAUCAUCUCCAUUAACACUGGGUGCCUUAACGCAUGUACCUACUGCAAGACAAAGCAUGCCAGAGGAGACUUGGCCAGCUAUCCCAUAGAAGAACUGGUUGAAAGAGCCCGACAGUCUUUCCAAGAGGGAGUUUGUGAAAUCUGGCUGACCAGUGAAGACACUGGAGCCUAUGGUCGAGACAUAGGGACUGACCUGCCCACUCUCUUGUGGAGGCUGGUGGACGAAAUCCCCGAAGGUGCCAUGCUCAGACUCGGUAUGACCAACCCACCCUAUAUCCUGGAACACCUAGAGGAGAUGGCGAAGAUUUUAAACCAUCCCCGUGUCUAUGCCUUUCUUCACGUUCCUGUGCAGUCAGCCUCGGAUAGCGUUCUCAUGGACAUGAAGCGAGAGUACUGCAUUGAUGACUUCAAAAGAGUGGUUGACUUCUUGAAAGAGCGGGUCCCAGGUGUAACAAUUGCGACAGAUAUAAUCUGUGGCUUUCCUGGUGAGACAGAGGAAGACUUCAGAGAAACUAUAGACUUGGUGAAAUUUUAUCGAUUCCCCAGUCUCUUCAUCAAUCAGUUCUAUCCCAGACCUGGAACACCAGCAGCCAAGAUGGAGCAAGUACCCCCACACGUGAAGAAACAACGGACUAAAGAACUAUCUCAACUAUUUCACUCCUACAAUCCUUAUGACCACAAGGUUGGGGAGAGACAACAUGUUUUGGUGACAGAAGAGUCCUUUGAUUCCCAAUUUUAUGUGGCUCACAACAAGUUUUAUGAGCAGGUUCUUGUGCCCAAGAGUUUAAAAUUCAAAGGCAAGAUGAUUGAAGUAGACAUCUACGAGGCAGGAAAACACUUCCUUAAAGGUCGACCAGUAGAAGACUGUAAACCUUUCACUCCCUCCAUCGCUGCUCCACUUGAAAAAGGAGAAGUGUCUGGCCUGGUGCAGAUGGCAAAUGGUGUCCAAGGUCCUUCUUCUAUGUCUUCGUCUGUUUUGUUGAUUGGGUCUUACAGUGUGGACCGAGAGCUAUUAAAGAGGCUGGGGGUCGGGCUGGCGCUGACAGCAGCCUUACUGGCUUUUAUUGUGGAGAGGAUCUAUUAG